AGAACUUCAAGUGUGUACCUAACAUUGGGAGAAAUGGGUACGACUGUAGGUGUGGCAACUGUACUGUUUUUGUUUGCUAUCUGGACCACUGGUAUUUUGUCCAGUGAGAACUUGGAUGAAAAAUAUGAGACCAAAUUAGAAAAAACACCUUUAGAGUCCAAACAUAACAUCCAACGCAGGGCCCCUUUAGAUGACUACUCGUACUUAAGGAAUCCUAGAUCGGGUAUGGUCCUGGAAGCUUCUGGAAGAUGGGUCAUUAUUGUACAGCCUUCUGGGGCUUCAAGUCAAUUAUGGAUACCAGAACAUUUGGCUAAUGGUAAAUUUUUUAUCGUCAAUAAAGGCAAUGGCAAUGUUUUAGAUGUGGAUGGGGACGGUCUCGUUAGGACUUAUCUAACUACAAAUCCGAAAAGAGAUGAUGAUAUAAAACAGACUUGGUUGUUUGGGUAUGACAAUACCAUUGCAAACGCAAGAGCCGGACUUGUAUUAGAUAUACCUAUAGAAAAUAAUAGCUUAUCGUCCUAUAAGCCCGGAAUGCUUGUGACAGCGCAUCCACAUCAUGGAGAACAUUGGCAGCAAUUUGUUUUUCAGAAACCUGCUAAAAAAUAUUAAUAAAAUCUGAAAAAUUUAA